UUACCCAUCGAUGAGUCGCCGUACGUCGACUCUGCAAUGUGGGAAAAUUGUCAGUGAACUUUUACCGUGUGUUUGUUAAUUGAUUGUCAGUUUCCAGAGGGUAUUUUAAAAACUUGUGCCUUGUUUAUUUAUUUAAAAUCUAAACCACUGUAAUAAAUUAGGUCAUUAUGAAUUAACAAUAAUAAACAACAUAAAUUAAUUUUUUUAACAUUGAAUUCACUUGUCGCGGGCAACUAUUUUACAACAUGGCUGCCGAUAAAUUUUCAUCUCCAGCAAUUAUUCAUCUGAAUAAAGGUGCAAUCUGUCAUGUACAAUCAACUUAUCGGAAUGUUUUUCAAUAAAAGCAUAUACGUGCCAUUUAUAUAUAUUAGAAAUGUCAAUGUUAUUUCGAAUUAUAAAUUUUAAAAGUUAAACUGUUACAACAUGUCAACUCGAUCCCAACUCACUAAAGAUUUGAAUGAAUCGGUAAAAUCUUUACUUGGUAAACAUGUAAAAAUUUUAUUAAAAAAUGUUGUUAAGCUCGAGACGAAACCAGACAAGCAGGAAAACCGGGUUUUGGUUUUUUCUCCUUGUCGACUUUUUUUGUUAACUGCAAAAGUACCAACCAGAAUUGAUUGUCACUUCCAUUAUUUAGAAAUAACAUCAGUCGAAUCAAGAAGAUCAAACCAACUAUGUCUAACAGCCGGGGAAAGAACUUACAACUUUACAACAACAGGUGUAGGCGGUACAGACACAACAGAAGUAGACGCAAUGAUCGAAGCAUUGCACACAGCCAUACGAAAUAUAUUUCCGACAGUACCAUUAAAUUACGUGAUACGUAAAAUAGACGUGAUACCGGCUAGCAGAUUGCAGAGUAUUCGCGGCAGUGAAUUGGCACGUAGUACCGAAGCAACAAGAACAACUGGGCCUUGUGGUGGUUUUUCAACCCAAUAUGCCUGCAUGUGUGAUUUACAUUGUGUUCAAUAUCGUGAAGAGGUAACAUGGGACGUAGAUACUAUUUAUUUAUCACACGACACCAGAGAAUUAAAUCUCCGUGACUUUGAUCACUUGGAGCAAAAAGAUUUGGUACCAAUAAUAUCCGCAUUGGAGUACAAUACCUGGUUUACAAAAUUACGAGUGUCCCAUUUAAAACUGAGCCAUGAGUGCCUCGAACGUUUACUCCACGUCGUACGCCGAUCUCUUUCUCUCCAAGAAAUUUAUUUAGACAAUCUAGGCCUGAAAUGGGAUUUUGCGCACAAACUAUCACUCGCACUUAUAGCUAAUAGUAACACAGUAUUGCACACUAUUGAUUUAUCAAAUAACAUGAUCGAGGAUAAAGGAGCCGUAAGCUUGUGUGCUAUCGUCGCUAAAUUAACCCAAGGCAGUCACCUAAGCGGUAGUCCAGGUAUCUGUAAAUUACCUAAAGGUAUGCAAAAACUAAAUCUAUCCCAUUGCGGAUUAACGGGUAAAGGAAUUGCACAAAUAGCUCACGCGUUAAGUUUAAAUCGCAGUAUGCCAACUAGUUUACGUUAUUUAAAUUUAUCAGAAAAUACCUUAAAAGAUGACAUCAAUAAUCUCUGUAAUUUUCUGGCUCAACCCAACAGUCUAACUCAUCUAGAUCUUGCUGGCACAGAUACAACACUAGAGUGUUUAUUCGGUGCUUUACUACGUGGCUGUGCUACCAAUCUAGUCCAUUUAAACGUAGCACGGAAUUCAUUUACAAGUAAAAAAACCAAAGAAAUACCUCCUAGUUUUAAACAAUUUUUUACGGCGACCUUGUCGCUAAAGUAUUUAAAUAUUUCGUACUGCAAACUACCACUGGAAGCAUUGAAACAUCUCCUACUAGGUCUUGCAUGCAACGAGAGUACCGUUGGCCUUGAAUUGGAUAUGAGCGGUAAUAAUUUAGGAUCAUUGGGAGCACAUGUGCUCGAAUCAUGUAUUCAUGGUGUGCGUUGUCUCGCUUCACUUGAUAUCUCCGACAGUAAUAUGGACGUUGACUUAGCUCAAGUUAUCACCGCGAUUGGUAAAAAUAAAUCACUUAAACAUUUAUACAUGGGAAGAAAUACCGUCGGUAUGAAGACUAAAAAUAUCGCUGUCGUGAUGGACGCUCUGGUGCAAAUGAUACAAGAAGACGACUGUGUUUUGCAGUCACUUUAUAUACCAGACUCCCGACUUAAAAGUGAUCUCUACAGCCUAAUAAAUGCUCUAGGAAGUAAUACGUGUCUUCAUACGCUCGAUAUCAGCGGUAAUCAAAUAGGAGAUCCUGGCGCACGUCUGCUAGCAAAAGCUCUGCAAAUAAAUAAUCAUCUCAAGACAAUAAUUUAUGAUAAAAAUAAUAUAACACUACAAGGAUACUCAGAUAUUGUCCAUGCUCUUGAAAAAAAUUACAGUGUCCGGCAUAUGCCCUUUCCGAUUUACGAUCUCCAACCCUGUAUGAAAAUAUCUGCAGAAAAAGCUGAACAACUGGCUAAAAAAAUUCAAGAUAUGCUUCAGAGAAAUGUCACGCCUUGUAAAUAUAGUCCAGGUCAGGCAUUUAGACUCCAGCAGGGUUUCUUGUUAAGUUCAACCCAGCAAGUUGUUGAUAGAUUAGUCGUACAAACUCAGGAUACUAUUAAAACCCUAGCUGCUGAAAGUUGUGAUGCAAACAAUGACAUAAAUCAUGCGACCGGUUUAAUCCAAGAUGCUGAUAAUUCAAAACAAUUGUUACCGCGGCUUCAUGAAGUUCUGCAACGACGGGAUGAAAAUAAUCCUAUAGAAGUGAAACUUAAAGAAAUAGCUGAUAGUUUGUAUAAAAAUGUAACGGAUUACUUGCAAGACUCAUUAGAAGCUAUCAUCAAGUGUGCGAAUGAUCACUGCCCUACGGUCAUGUCACAGACAGUAAUUCGCGGUGAUGAAAGCGAGCCGAUAUCUGUUGAGGAUGAUCUGCGUAAUGUCUGCAGAGGGAAAAAUCAAUUAACUGGUGAAUUUAUUCACAGCGCAAUCGUCGAGCAAGCGGGUACUGAUAUUGUCAACAGAAUAAAUGAACUUAAUCUCGCGGUUGCUGCUCAUAUUUCUGAUAGGAUAACUGACGAAGUUAUUGAGUCGCUGUCGCGGAGUUAUAAAACUUUGAUAGGAGACAGUCAUGAUAGGACACGCUGCAGCACGCCAGAUGUUUUGCGACCGAGUGUCAGUUCAACGAGCAGUGGCAGUGUCAUUGGGAUAGGAGGAAGCAUGAGCAUUGCCAUCAGUUCUGACAAUGGCAGCUACGGGCUCGCUAAUAAAAUUUCUGCUGUCGAUCAUCCUGAUAAAAUUAAAAGAGAUUCGUACCAAGAUUCCGACAUGGCGCAUGAGUAUGCAAUACCUUCGGACUUAUUUAUUGGCAGCUCAAUUAAUUCUCAACAUCCGUCGGAUGAUCAAUCUCCUAUGGCCACCCCACACUUAUCCAAUAAACGGAAAAAUUUGCACGGAAGAAAAUUACGUCCAAAGUCAGUGGUCGAUUCCGUUGAAGGACUUUCAGCUGAUGACAUUCCAGAUUUACUGCCUAGUUUACCAAAAGACAAUACUGAAACCAUUUCAGAAAAUGAACAUUCAUUGACUGAAUCAUUGGAUUCAAUAUCCGAGCUUCCUAAUAAUACGGGACAACAAUUGCAGCAUCUCGUUAAAUCUCGACCACGAAGAACAAAAACUCGUGCUCCGUCACGACCUAUGUUACGCACAGACGUACCAAGAGGUUCUCUAGGUCUUGGAGAAGGUCUUGAUAUAUUUUUUCGACCUACUACACCAACAACUCCACUUAUUUCUCCAACUAGCGAUGAUAGUUCUUUGCAUACAUUUCCGACUGACGGUAGUCCUAAUUUAUCAUUAACAAGCCAACGUAGUUUUCAACCGGAUACAGAUAAAAAACCUCACGGUUGCAGUUCGCCUAUUCUUAAGACUCUUCUUGAGCCUACACCUCGUUCACGGUCUAGUGAUAAUUUUGAAAAGUUUUCUCCGCUUGCUGGUCGUCGUUCACAAGGCGAUACGCCAUUAACUGCUUCACCACUAGCACGUCGAAGCGCUGCUGAAAAUUCACAGUCUCAAGAACCGGACUCUCGAAAAAUCCGAGGAAUUCAUACGGUAUCAACAUCUGGAAGCCCUCUGUCAACACCAACUACGCGUCUGUCACGUGAAGUAUCGAGCAAUGAUACUCCCGAAAUAUCACCGGAUGCUAUUGCAGCGGGUGAUAAUCAUAAAUCAUCAAUUAGAAGCCACGGCAGUAGUAUUUUAAGUACCUCUAUAGACAACGAAAAAUUAAUAAGCAGCCAGCCGACGAAUAAAUUCCGAUCGAUUUCAUCAUCUAUCCAAGAAACUCGAAGCGCAUUAAAUACAACACACUCGGAAAUUUGUCCGUCCAAUGAUCAAAAUAAGCAGCAAUCUAAUGCUAGUUCUUUUAAAGCCUCAAAUAAAAUAAAUUAUAAUCUUAGUGGGGAACAGUCUAGAAGUAGUUCAAGUAUUAAUACUGUGAGAAGUAGUAAACCUUUGCCACCAGCUACUGCACCAAAACCACGACCAUGGAGCAUGACUGGGGAUAGAAAAUCAGGUGAAUUUAAUAAUUUAUUAAGUGACGGUUCGAGUCCAAAUACAUCGGCAGGAAAUACUCCAGACUCAGGUGAUGCACUGGAUGAAUCAACUGACAGUGGAGUUAGUGGACCGGCUUCUUUACCGCCUACACUUUCAGCAAGUAGUACUGCGAGCUCGUUAAGUAGUAGCACUGUUGAAAAACGAUCUGUUAGAGAGCUUGCCGCAAGUUUGAAUAAAGGAAAAACAGAUCGUAAAGAAAACGAGGAAUCCAUACCCAUUGCAUGGAGAUCAGUACUUCAUCGAUCUGUUGAUCGUACAGUAAACAAGGAGCAAGUACCGAAAAAGGAUGAAGACAACCGGAUUAAUUUUAAGCUUAGACGAACAUCAUUUUUACGCGAUUCAAAUUUCAAUUAUGACAAUGAUGUUGUUGAUGUUUGACACAUAUAUUUUAUCAGUAGAAACUUACAUUCCAUAAUUUUUGCAUCUGUGCCAUUUGCAAGCAAAAAAAAACGACGUCUAUAAAUAAUUUUUAAUUGAUCAAUUUUAUAAAACGGCGGGUUUUAUUAAACUACAAGCCUAGUCAAUCUUCCAUGCAGCUGCGCUCUUAAAAUCUGAUUACUAAAUAAUUGUUAUUAUUAUUAUUGUUUUUUUGUUUUUGUUUUAAUUAUUAUGACAAAUCCUAACUAUAAAAAAAAGUUUAAAUUCAUAAUUGCAAUAUUAUUAUAAUAAGUAAUUAAUAAUAUUUAAUAUUGUAGUGAAUAUAAAUGUAUGAAUGAUAUGGGACUUUUAAUUGCAAUUAAAACAAAACAAAUAAAUAAUAGUUAACAAAUUAUAUACAAGUAUUCCGUGAAAAAAUAUAUUUUAAAGAGUCGACUCUUUUAAACUUCAAAACCUGAUGACUAACUUUUUUUAAAUUUUUGAUAAUUCAAACAACAAAUCAAUUUAGAGAAGGGUCUAUAGUAAUUUUCAUCAAAGCUUUUCUCUCAAACGCAUCUUCUAAACACAAAAUUAAGAACGUGGACAAAGUUUCCAUUUACUGCGCAAGUGCAACGAGGAUAGUAACGUUCAUCGACUUGAGUGUGAUAGAGAAAAAAAUUAAAAAUUUAUCAUUUUUAAUGCAAAGUCUUAAAAAAUAUCAAAGAGUACAAUAUAGUACUAGUUCUCUGAUUGGGUAAUAGACUUUGUACUUAAUCAGGAAACUAGUACCCGAUUUCUCUAUGAAUUUGUAAAUUUAUAUUUAAUAAAAUUUAGUAAAUAUAAAUAUAAAAAUACAUGAAGUGAUCGGGUACUAGUUCUCUGAUCAAGUAUUGAGUCUCUUACAAAAGUUUAAAAAUUGUUUAACUCUUAAGGGGAAAAAAAACGAAAAUAUCUUUAUUGCAGUCGUAGAAUAAAUGAGAAUUUAAAAAAAAAUCUCCUCAACGAGUUUGUAUUUUUGGAAAUAAAUUUCUAGUCCUCUGUUAAGGUUUUAAAAAAAUGUGAAAUAAAUUGAAUUUAUAAACAGUUGACAUUGGCCCUUAAAUUCAUAUUGUAGGACACAGCCUACAUAAUAUUCUAAUGACUGAAUAUCCGCCUUUGCAUUAAAAACAAACGUCACCUGUGCAUCGAGAACAGACGUCUUUUAAAUGCACAGUAAUGUAGAUUUACAGUUUAUUUAUUUGUAAAACUUAUUUUUAUGAGUGAAACACUUUUUACUACACAUAAUUUUUUUCAAAUGAAAAGCAUGCAUUUAAGGGUAAAAGAAGUCGGUCAUUGUCAGGUUUAAAAGUUUAAAAUAAACGACUCAGAAAUUUUUUACACGAGAUGAUGUUACGUUAAUUUUAUUAAUACAUUUAGUAAAAUUAAUAAAAUAUUAUUAUACAUUACAUGCGUUCAUGAUAUUUAAUAUAACAUGUACAUAAUAAUAUACACGAUAUAAAUUUUCAAGCAUUAUUAUUAUUGAUAUUAUUUUAAGCGUAAAUAAUAAAAAUACGGUGGAAUCGAGUCAAUUGUUUCAAUAUAAUAAGCAGUUUAUGAUAAACGUAAAUAAAUCUUAGCUGCACUGAUUAAUUAUUUUCUUUUAAUGAGAUUUUAAUUUACGUAUUUAAUAUUAAUGUAUUUAUUAACAAUAAAAGAAACUAAAGUAACAGAACAAAAACAAAAAAAAAAAGUUAUAAAAAUAAAAGCGGGAUCGUUGUUGUGCCAAAAAGUUCCCGCAAAAUUAUUAAGUCUCAUUUUUUAAAAAAUUUGUAUUAUAAUUAUACACAUUUAGCAUUUAUUGUACUUGUUUUUAAAUCUAUUUAUUUGUAAAAUCGCAAAAGACUUGGAUAGCGUAAAAACGGGUCCAUUUAUUAUGAACAAAUUUUAAAUAUUACAAUCAACUUUUAAUUAUUUACAAUGAUUUUUUAUUUUUUAAUAUAAUAAAUUAAUUAAUUAAUUGUUUUAAGAUUUUUACUUAAUUAUUUAUAAUGUCAAUGUCAUUGAUGAAUUUAUUUUUAUUUAUGUAAAUAAUAUAAUGUAUUUUUUUUUCUAUUUUUUAAUGUCACUUAUUUUUGUCAACGAGUUUUUGUAUUUUAU